UGACUGAACGCGCCGCCGUGAUUGGCCGAGCGUGGCUUCAUAUUCGAGUGGGGCGGAGCAGUCGGGUACUUGUCUUGUAUUGAAGCAGCAGCUAUGCUCUUGAAUAGGGUACUUCGAGCGGGGGUGCGCUGCGGUGUUGCCCGGCUCCAGAGCUCCAGUGCCGCGGCCACAGAAGCCAGAACUUCAGGCGGGCACUCUGCAGCGGCAACCGGCUUCUCGUUUGAGCUAACAGAUCAACAGCGAGAGUUCCAGCAGCUAGCUCGCAAGUUUGCGCGUGAGGAAAUUCUCCCACACGCGGCACAGUACGACAAAACCGGGGAGUACCCAGUACCUAUCAUCAAGAAAGCUUGGGAGCUUGGUCUGAUGAACGGUCACAUUGCAGAGCAGUAUGGUGGAAUGGGCUUGUCCAUCUUCGACAACUGCCUCAUCACGGAGGAGCUGGCCUACGGUUGCACGGGAGUGCAAACUGCCAUCGAGGCGAACUCUCUUGGCCAAAUGCCUGUUAUAAUUGCUGGCAAUGAGGUGCAGAAGAAGAAAUACCUAGGGAGGAUGACAGAGGAGCCUCUCAUGUGUGCAUACUGCGUCACAGAGCCUGGAGCGGGCUCGGACGUGGCAGGUGUCAAAACGCGAGCGGUGAAGACGGGCGACGAGUACGUGGUCAACGGCCAGAAGAUGUGGAUCACAAAUGGUGGCAAAGCCAACUGGUACUUCCUGCUGGCGCGCACGAACCCUGAUCCCAAAUGUCCCACCAAUAAGGCUUUCACCGGCUUCAUUUUGGAUGUGGACACACCUGGAGUUCAAAUAGGAAGGAAGGAAAUGAACAUGGGCCAGAGGUGUUCUGACACACGAGGCAUCACGUUUGAGGAUGUGAGGAUCCCGAAGGAGAACGUCCUGCUCGGCGAGGGGGCUGGGUUCAAGAUCGCCAUGGGUGCCUUCGACAAGACCCGGCCUCCUGUGGCAGCUGGAGCCACUGGGCUGGCUCAGAGGGCCCUCGAUGAAGCCACCGCUUACGCUCUGGAGAGGAAAACGUUUGGCAAAGUGAUUGCUGAGCACCAGGCCGUCUCCUUCCUGCUGGCCGAGAUGGCGAUGAAGGUGGAGCUGGCGCGCAUGGCGUACCAGCGUGCCGCCUGGGAGGUGGACCGCGGCAGGCGCAACACGUAUUACGCCUCCAUCGCCAAGGCCUUCUCCGGCGACAUCGCCAAUCAGGUGGCCUCGGACGCCGUGCAGGUGUUUGGUGGCAACGGCUUUAACAGCGAGUACCCGGUGGAGAAGCUGAUGCGCGACGCCAAGAUCUACCAGAUUUACGAAGGCACUGCUCAGAUCCAAAGGCUCAUUGUGGCCCGUGAACACCUAGCAAAGGCCAAGAAAUGAAACUGUUGAAUAACAUAUUUGUAUAAGUGUAUGAAAAUAAAGUAUUGACCUUGCAUAUAA